UCGCCGCAGUCACCCUCACACAUACCGCGCCGGGGAGGAGAGAAAAGAGGGCCCCGCUCCGGCGGAGGGAUACAGCCCUACAUAUAUAGCGGGGCGGCGCAGGCUCACAUCUUCAGCACUUCGCCAAGCCGCGCCGGGAAGGAGGGAGCAGCCGCCACCGCCGCUCGUGGUCGCGCAGUUCGUGCCGCCGCCGCGCCAUGGCUGAUCAGCUGACUGAAGAACAGAUUGCUGAAUUCAAGGAAGCCUUUUCCCUAUUUGACAAAGAUGGUGAUGGUACUAUCACAACAAAAGAACUGGGAACUGUCAUGAGGUCGUUGGGUCAAAAUCCAACAGAAGCAGAAUUGCAGGAUAUGAUCAACGAGGUAGAUGCUGAUGGCAAUGGCACUAUUGACUUCCCUGAGUUUUUAACCAUGAUGGCCAGAAAAAUGAAGGACACAGACAGCGAGGAGGAAAUCCGUGAGGCAUUCCGAGUCUUUGACAAGGAUGGCAAUGGCUAUAUCAGUGCAGCAGAACUACGUCACGUUAUGACAAACUUAGGAGAAAAGCUAACAGAUGAAGAAGUAGACGAAAUGAUCAGAGAAGCAGACAUUGAUGGGGAUGGGCAAGUCAACUAUGAAGAAUUCGUACAGAUGAUGACUGCAAAGUGAAGAGACCUCCUUUACACCUUUUUUCCUCUAGAAGAAUCAAAUUGAAUCUUUUACUUACCUCUUGCAAAAAAAAUGUUCAUUUAUUCAUUCUGUUUCUGUAUAGCAAAACUGAAUGUCAAAAUACCUUCUGUCCACAAACUGCAUGUAAUGGUUGGUGGUCCUGUCCCCAAAAGAUAAACAUCAGUUUUACAAUAUAAAUAAUUAUACUACCUUGAAAAUAAAAGGAAGCACUUAGUGAACUCAAAAGUUCCAUUUGCUAAUGACUAUUACACUGUUUGGGCUGGCCAGUUUUUCAUGCAUGCAGCUUGACAAUUGAGCACAGUCAGACAUUUGUAUUAAAAGGAAAAAAAAACCAACCUAAAGGAUCCACUCUUUUGUUCAACAGUGGAUUCUAGUUCAAUUUGUAGUAUAAAUUGUCAUAGCUGGUUUACUUUAAAAUUGGUUUAUACCUCAGGAUGGUAUGCAGCAAAAUGGUUGAAGGAUGCAAAACUUAGAGAAAAUGCCCUAAAGGUUGAAUGGUUCUCCUGUACGUAGCAGUGUGCUCCAAAAAUAAGAUGAUCUUAACUAUGGAUGGCAUGUCUGUGUUGAAAUACUGGUUUAACAUUGUCUGCAUUGCACUAUAGUGAAACGGGUGUCGGGCUGUUACCGUUCACAAAAUUUUUAAAAGAAACCUUCACCAAGGGAGCAUCUUUGGACUCUCAUAUUUUUAAAACCUUCUGUACCAUGACUUGGAGCUGGCGGAGUAGCCUAUGGACUUCAGCACAACUAUCAACAUCGCUGUUCAAGAUACUACAAUUUAUGUCCAUUCCAAGUUGUAAAUGCUAGUCUUUUUUUCCAAUAAAAGACCAUUAACUUAAAGGUGGUGUUAAAUGCUUUGUAAAGCUAAAAUAUAUAUAUAAUUGAGAUGAUAAACCAAAAAAAGCAGUAGGAGGGAAGUGUUUCUAUGAAUGACUUGCUGCUAAAUUAUAAUGCACAUGUAUGCAAUAAGUUAUCCCCUAUCUUUUCAAGAUGGCAAGAACUGACCUCCUGUAACCCAAGACCUUUGCUAUAAAUAAAUGAACUUGUGCUUGCCUUUCA